CCGCCUGGACACUGGGAAGAUGGAUGGGCACGUCCUGGGAUGGAUCGUCCUCCUGUGGCUCGCAGCUGAGGUGGAAGGGUUGCAGGUCACUGUGCCUGAGAAGAAGAAGGUGGCCAUGUUGUUUCAGCCUGCUCUGCUUCGCUGCCAUUUCUCUACUUCUUCYACCCAACCAGCUGUGGUACAGUGGAGGUACAAAUCCUACUGCCAGGACCGGAUGGGAGAAGCUCUGGGUAUGGUGACUUCUGGUUUGCAAACAAUGAGCAAGAGAAACCUGGACUGGGAUCCCUAUCUGGACUGCGUGGACAGCAGGAGGACMGUCCGUGUCGUGGCGUCCAAACAAGGAUCUGCCAUCACCAUAGGAGACUUCUAUAAGGAGAGAGAUGUCAGCAUCGUCCAUGAUGCAGACCUGCAGAUUGGGAAGUUGAUGUGGGGAGACAGUGGGCUCUAUUACUGCCUUAUUAUCACACCAGAUGAUGUGGAGGGCAAGAAUGAAGAAUCAGUGGAGCUGCUUGUGCUUGGCAGGACAGGGCUGCUUGCUGAUCUCUUGCCCAGUUUUGCUGUGGAGAUUAUGCCAGAGUGGGUCUUUGUGGGCCUGGUGAUCCUGGGGGCGUUCCUGUUCUUCCUCCUGGUGGGGAUCUGCUGGUGCCAGUGCUGCCCACACAGCUGCUGCUGUUACGUCCGCUGCCCCUGCUGUCCCGAGUCCUGCUGCUGUCCCCGGGCGCUGUAUGUAGCAGGCAAAGCAGCAAAAGCUGGGUACCCUCCUGCAGUCUCUGCCAUGCCAGGUCCAUACUACAUCCCCAGUGUUCCUGUAGCUGGUGUCCCGUCUCCUGCUGUGCUGAUGGAUAAGUCACACCCCCCUCCCUUAGCCCCAAGUGAGGCCAGCGGAGGAAGCCAAAAUGUGCGCAAAGGGUACAGGAUCCAGACUGACAAGGACAGGGACUCCAUGAAGGUGCUGUACUAUGUCGAGAAGGAAUUGGCUCAGUUUGACCCAGCUAGGAGGAUGCGAGAACGAUAUAACAACACGRUGUCUGAGCUGAGCUCAUUGCACGAGGAGGACCUGAACUACCGUCAGCCUUACCGGCAGGGGCGCAGGAAACCUCUGCCCCCCGCGGGGGACAUGGACGGCGACGCCGAGUACUGGGCAGGAGUCGUGGGUGGGGGCAGCGCCUCCAGAUCACAGGCUGUGUCUGACUACAGGGAUGAGCGGGACAGCUACUGGCACAGCCAGCAGAGAUCCAAGUCAGAGAUGCUGUCCCGUAAGAGCUUCUCGGUGGGAGUGCCGGCYGUGUCCAUGGACGAGCUGGCGGCCUUUGCYGAGUCCUACAGCCAGCGGCCGCGGCGGGCGGACAGCCAGGACCUGCGGCGCUUCGAGCGCUCCGAGUCGCACGGCGGGCGCGGCGGGGGGCUGCCCCACCAGGACAGCUCCAUGGAGGAAUACUACACAAAGCGCUGCAGGGGCAACCGCGAGCCRCUGACGGACUCGGAUCGGGGCUGGUCCUACAGCCCGCCCCGCAGACGGGCCCACGAGGAGAAGCACCUUCCCAGGCUGGUGAGCCGGACGCCUGGAGGCAGCCAGAAAUACGAUCACUCCUACCUCAGCAGCGUCUUGGAGAGGAAAUCGCGGAGCUACGACGAGAGCGGUGACCACUGUGUGACCCCCUCGAAGCUGAGCUCGCAGCCCAGCCAGCGAGGAGGGAGCACRUACUACGCCUGGUCACCGCCCUCCACCUACAAAGCCGAGAAGUCACAGCCGCCACCGCAGCAGUCAUCGUCCCCCGAGCAGGACGAGGACGAGGAGGACAGCCUGCCCCCCUACAGCGAGAGGGAGCUGAACCGAGGCCCUUCCUACAGGGCCAGGGAACAGGCCUACCUCAAUGCCUCUGACAAGAAGAGGAAAAAGGACCCCAAGAAAACAAAUGAUUUCCCAACAAGGAUGUCCCUUGUGGUUUGAAGUUGUUGUGGACCUGUCAUGUUGAUGGGCUGGAUAUCAUGAGGUGCCUGCAGUGGACACCAUGCAGAGCAACAAGCAAGACAAGCCUCUGUGAACCUCUGCAGCCAUCAGCCAUGGACAGUUUCAAUUGUUUGUUUCAUCGGGGGGAGCAGAGGCUUUUGUAAGAGACAGACUCCCAUGGACAGCGCUUGAUCUCAGAGGCUCUGCCAGGAGAAUGAGGCCGGGGCUCUGUUUGGCACCCUGUUUUCCAGUGCCCUCCAUUCUGCACUGGAUGGCAGCCACGUCCCUACUGCCCCUGCAGCCCUGAACUAUAAGUGAGGCUGCCUUUGUGCCUCCUGCCCUGUCUCAUGUGCAGAGGGAGGCCUAUGUACCUCUUGCUCUGUCUCCUCAGUUCUCUGUUGGGAUCAAAAUUGUCUCCAUACUUAAAACCUUUUCUGUAUCAMCCCCAUGCUGGGAGGAGGCCUUGUUCUUACAGCUGCAGACUGCCUCCAGCUGAUCAGGCCCUAAAUCAUGAAAGAAAAUCUACAYCCUUUCUGACACUCUAAGAAAAGGACUGAUGAGGUGUUACCUUGAUAAGGGCUGAAUGGGGAAGGAGACAAUUAUGAGCUGGUUUGUUCAAUAUAUUUAGUUCUGUUCAUUGUGUGAUGAGAGUUGCAGGUGAGAUUGAUGUAUUGUUUUAAAAGUGGGUCAAAGUAGCUUUUACUGUGAUGAGAGCAUGAYUUGUUUCCCCCCUGCCCUCAACUGUGUUUUGUUUUGAUGCAGUUGCAUUUCCUUGUAGCUGAACUGUAACCCUGUAGAGCUUCAAGCUGGAGUAUCCACUCCUGCUUUUUAAAAGCACGGUUCUAGCAUUCCUAGUGCUCUGCUUCGAGCACUACCAGACACCUCUGUCACUCUCAUGAGUGGCCUUUUUGUUUCAAAGAAGCCAAAAGGGAACAGUCUCAGUGAGAGGGCAGCUGCACACCUUCAUUCUGUGCCACUGGUAUCACUCCUUUCUGGGAAUUGUUGCCAGGCACUAAAGAGAGCGGUAACAGCAGUGGGAAAAGAAUUAACAUUGUGGAUGGACACAAGCUUUGCAAGUCACCCUUUUCACUUAAAACCAUUUCAUUCCCUUUGGCUGGGAUGUGGUUUUAGUGGCUGUUGUCUCAGGAAUAGCUUUAUUUGGAAGUGAGCGCUUCCCACCAUUUGGAAGCCUGACAUUCUGGUUUUCAUAGGGUAUUAUGCAGUCAUUUAUUUAGUGAGGGAAGAUGAUGGGAACAUUUUAAGGUCCAGGAUCUUGAUCCCUGUUACAUCUAGAAACAACUUAGUGCCCUGUUGUGUUACAGACAUUAUCAGUCUCUGAAAUGACAUCUUUGUUGUUCCUCUGGGAAUUUGAGAAGCUGUCUGGCCUCAGGUGCUCAUACUGGCAGUGCCAUUUGGAACACAAGGUAUAUUAACAUCACUACAAUUCUCCAUAAAAAUGAUAGAUUAUAACUUCUGUGCUACUCCUUUGCCAGAUAGUUCACCCACCAAGAAUGGUCAAGGGAGAGGAAAAAUAAUCUCCAUAGAUCUGAUGAAAGUUUUCAUGCAAGAAGGUAGAUUGGUGACAGGAUGGCUCUUCUCCCACACUCCUCUAGUGAUUACUGUAGUUUUGGAAAUCCCAGUCCUGGGUCUUCCUGGCCAAAGAGGGAUCAGCCAGCAGGAACAUAUAGCUGUGGAAUGGCAGAAUUGUCUGUGCAGGAAGUAGCCUUUAAAAAUCAUCUAGCCUUUUGCCAUGGGCAGGGACAUCCUCCACGUGUCAAGUUGCUCAAAGAUCCAUCCAACCCGAUCUUAAACACUUUUAGUGAUGGGACAUCUGCAGCUUCUCUGGGCAACCUGUUCUCAUAGUGAAGAAUUUCUUCCUUGUAUCUAAUCUAAAAUGACCCUCUUUUAGUUGAAAAUCAAUGCCCUGGUAAAAAGCCCCUCUCCAGCUGUCUUAAACCUUUAGGCACUGUAAGGCUGCUCUAAGGUCUCCACAGAGCCUCUCUUCUCCAGRCUGAACAGCCCCUUCUCUCUCAACCUGAUUUCAUAGAAGAGGCGUUCCAGCCCCUCUCACCACUUUUGUCUCUCUCCUCUGGACCUGCUCACCAGCCUUUGAGCUGGUGRCCCCAGAAUUGAACUCAGUACUCUGUGUGGGGUCUCAAGAGAAUGGAGGAGAGGGCAAUGCCACUCUUUGACCUGCUGGACACUCCCCUGAUGCAGCUCAGGAUAUGGKUGGCUUUCCAGGCUGUGAGAGAAUGUGACUGCCUCAUGUCCAAUCUUCAUCUACCACUAUAAAAUCAUAGAAUUGUAGAAUGGUUUGGAAGGGACCUUAAACAUCUUCUAAUUCCCCAAGUCCUUCUCAGGGCUCCCAGUCCAUUCAUGCCCCAGUCUGUGUCAGUACCAGGGGUUGCCCUGACUCAGGUGUAGCACUUCACACUUGGCUGUAUUGAACGUCAUGAGGUUCUCAUGGGCCCACUCCUCAAGCCUGCCCCAGGGUCACUCUGGAUGGCAUCCUUUGCCUCCAGUGACUCCAGGGUGUCACUCAGCCUGGUGUCACCCACAAACUGCUGAGAUGGCACUCAGUCCCACUGUUUGUGGCAUUAAUGAAAAUUGAACAGUGUCUUAGUACAGGCCCUUUUGAGUAUUUUCUCAUCAUUAAUGUGUGUUCCUAGGAAACUCACAGCACAGUUAGGAAGAGGUGGGCAGGUGGCUGCCAUCUGAGGUCUUGGAAGCCUCGAGAAGUCUAAGGAGCUACAUUACAUGCUAUUUUGAAACAUUUAAUCUCUGAGGAUUCUAGCAAGUUGAUGUUUUGUUAGUCUGAAAACCUUGGCAAACCCUUGAAUUUCAAGGGAGCUUAGCCUGCUAUCAUUUCCAUCAGACACCCAGCAGACCCAGGAAACGGCUGACASAGAAAUUUGAAAGUGCAUCAGACUGCCAGAAAGGGGCCAGACCAGUGAUUUUACAGUCUCUGAAUACCUCAGUCUUUUAAAUCAUACUGAAAGCCUGAGCACUACAAUCUUCUCAUUUCAGUAAUGUUCUGUCCCUUAUCUCAGUCACUGUAGUUCAUUUGAUCAAGCCCUCAGGAAUGAGUUGUGUGUAUUUAAAAUACAAGUCUUCAUUUUUUUGAGUCAGUUUUGUUUGUUCAGCGCUGGUACUUUAGGGCAUCUGUACACUGUGUGUAAGAAGUUGCCAUUUGUGUAUCUAGCUUAUAAAUAAGUAGUUGCAAGCUAAUUCUUGUAAGAAAUCGUUUUAAUUGUAGAAACAACUGUUUGUGAGAACUUGAAACAUCUCUUGAAUCCCAGUACCUGGAAAAGUAUUGAAGAUUUUAUGACUAGUGAUUCUAUGGGUUUUACCAGAUGAUAAAAGUUUCAACUGCAAAAAAAAGAGGAGGUCUUACUUUUCUGAAUUCAGGUCUGGGCAGCAGCAACCUYCCUCUAAAAUUGUAAAUUUUGUAUCUCCAUGUACAAAUUUGCAGGAAUUUUCAGUUACUGAUCAUGUCUGUCCUCAGGCCAUCUUUAUUUUUCCCAUUAGAAAUCUGUCUGCAGCAGCAGCAAAUGGACCRAAUCAAGAAGUGAGGGGUGACCUAGAGCAUCUGCACAGCUACACAACCCUAAUGACCUGUGACUCCUGCAGCAGGGGAGCAGGGGACCAGAGGCUGACAGAUAGCUCAAGAGGAGCCUCAUGUUUCAGGAGAGAAGUAAUGGUUUGUGUCUKUGCCACCUUUCAGAACACCUGCAGAAUGCUGGCACUGGGAAAUGAUGAGCCUGGUUAUUAUGUGGUUGCAAAUUAUAAGUUUUCCAGUGAUCAAUUUUUAUUGCUGGCAUAAAAUUAAAAUCUUUUUUCUUACUGGAUGUGGAUGUCUGGGUCAUGCCAAGGAUAURGAGAGUUUUGUGGUCUUAAAAUCACAGCAUCUCAAUUGUGACUUGCURUGAAAACAGAUGAUGAGAGAAUCCUGUAUAAAUUUAAAAGAGCCCCUAGAAUAAAAGCUGGAUCAAGCACUAGCAGUAGAUUUGACUGUGCUGUCAAAAAAAGUGAUCUUGGCUACUGAAAAAAAGAAGUUUUGACAUAAUGGAAUGGGAAAAUAAAUACCAGUGGUAAUGACUUCUCAUCAGUCCCAUUAUUCUUUUAAAGUACAUUGUAAAAGUUCCAGUGGGUGGCUUCAGUGUGAACAUCCUCAGAACGCUCCAUUUCCACUCAAAUGGAAAAUUAACAAAAUUAACACUUUGAAUACUUARUAUUUUUGAGAAACUCCCAACAUUUAUAAGCUGAAACAGGCAGCCAGAAUUASUCAGGUCUUUGUGCUAGCAUAUGGUACCAGGGACUGGGUCUGUACCAUCCCCACSUUUGUUCCUGCAGUUGGGUCAGGGGUGGCCAUCAGCUGUGCACCCCAGAGCUGCAUCUCAGAGAUAAAGGACAGCCCUGGGACAGACCCCCAAGAAGGAGCAAUCACAAAAUAUUUCAGAAGUCAAACCUUGCCACAAACGGUUCCAGGUAUGUAAACACAGCACCGUGGUGUUUAUCAUUCUGAAAAUAGUUUUAAUGACAUGGAGAUUGUUGAGAAACUGCAUGGAGCUGUCUUUUUCUCCAGGUAGCUUUCACACAAAAUGUGGCUGAGGAUCCAUUCUGUCAGUACAGGGUUUGGGACAGGUGGAAAUAAAUAAAGGGCUUUAGCUCAUUUUUUUACUGGGUCCAGAAUAAAGAUACCUUUGGCAUAAGCCAGGCGGUGCAGGGUUGAACCAAUGAUUCCGUAAAUAUGGUGCAGCAUCUCCAUCAGGCUCUACUGACUGUACAUGCUUUCUACAACAGCUGUGAUGUUGAAACCACCCUAAAGUCACCCGGGGCUUCUCAAGUCCCUUUCCCAUUGCCUGGGAGAUCAGAAAAGGGAUCCAUUACAUAAUGUUAGGGAACAGCUAUCAUUUUAAUAUGAUCUCAGAAAUGCCAGCUGGAUUUACCAGCAUCAGAAACAGCAAAAAAACUGAAGUUAGCUAAUACUGAAGGAAGGAACRUGCCACGAUUCCCACAUGAAUUCUCUUGUGACCUUUAUAAUUCUUUGAGACAUUCACCCCUGCCUGCACAGGGGCCUUUGCCAGGGGAGGCCAUCACCUCCKCUCCCUUUUGCCUGUCAUUUUUUGUCAUGCUUGUAAAGCCUCUCUGACCCCUCUGCUUUCCUUUGGCUAUUUCCAGUCAACCUUCCGUGUGGUGCCCAGGGGUUCCAAUCAGUUUGGAUGUGGAAUGAGUGGCAUUUUGUAAAAAAGGCAUUUUUACCCCCUCUGAAAGCAAAAAUUACAGAAUGCCCACAAAACCCCAAGCCCUCCAGAUAUUCUCUCAAGCCCAAGCAGGGGUUUUAUGGGAAACAUUUUAAAAACUGAAGCUGAACAUAAUUUCAAAUCGAGUCAGUAUUGUUUUCAACCUCGGGGCAGCUGCAGUCAGAGCUGUGGAGUGCAAACAGCAGGAGUAAAUGCACUCAGGUUCCAUUGUUCUUGGUGAGAGCAGUGGCAGAGGGAAGCAGCACUUAAUGAGUCAGAGAGCAAAGGGAGUUCCAAGGUGCUGUUACUUACGUGUGAGUUAGAAGUGUGAACUAGAAGUUGACAGGCUGGGCUUAAAAGCAAAAUUCAGUCCAGGGAAGCUUGAGCCCUGGCCCAGGGGUGCAAUCCUCUUGCUGUUCACAGAUGAGCUGGGCUUUUUUCCUGCCUCUGUUGCUGCCUGCCAUAGCCAUUCCCCAGCCAUUUCACAGUGACUGAGUGGCUUUCUUUGCUGCUGUUAUUUUACUUAAAUUGCRCUCCCCUGUAAUGAACUUUUUUCAAUAUGAGGGGGAGAAGGACGUAACAAUACUCUAUAAUGAAAAUGUAACACUUUUAUGGCUUUUUGAGACACAUCCACAUCCCCAAUUACCAAGCAUUAUACAUUUGCCAUGCGUACAGUAUUGAAGUCGUUGCUUUUGAGUUGUCACCAUGGAGAAUAAAAGCAGGAAAAGCWACCACCAAUCUGCCUUUUUAUUAUCCUGCAGGCAAAUAAUUUGCCCGAUUUUUGCUAAGAAAUGAGCAGUUUACAUGAGUAGUUU